AUCAUUGUCUGUUUUGCUGGGAAGAAGAGAGCAGGAUGGCCAACUUUACUCUUGCAAACACCACCGUUCCCUCACCUUUUGACAACCUUACUGCACUUCGAUCCAAGUUUGUAGCUGUUGGCCUUAACAACAACACUGAUUUAGUUGCAUUAUCAGUGCUCAUACAUUUGGGCGUGCUCAUCGCUUCGCAUUCAUGGAAAGACUAUCAAAUAGUGAAACCACCCGGGACAAGACAUACGCAGCAACACUACAGGUAUUGUGCAACGGUAAUGGGACCAUCCUGGCAGAUCUUGAUCCCACCAUACCCAACACGUUUGACAGCAACCACCUCUCCAACCUUCAGCAGCAAAUGUGCCUGCUCCAGAGUAAUCAGGCGCAGUUCUCAGCAGGGGCGGAUACCAAAGACAUUGUUAACAGGUUGGUUAAACAGACUGCUUUCUUUGAAGCUUUUUGUCAAGUACACCAUCAGAAUGGGUAAUCUCAGCUCCGUCCCGGGGGCCCAAGCAAGAGGUGAGAUUGAAAUGCAGGGUGGUUAACAACAAACAACAAAAACUCCACCAUAUCAAGAACUGCUAAAUCCAAUGCUGCUCUUGUUAGCUCCAUUUAAAUUGAUUAGCCAAGCUUACAUGUACCAAGAAGAGUUUAUGGAUGAGUUAUUUACCGUAUUUAAGGUUGUUGUGUAAAUAUAAUUAUUCAAGUGUU